AUGGCUGUCAGUCCAAAUGGAGUCCAGCUGUCCAUCUGGAUGGCUGUGUUUACCUUCAUCACGAGUGUGGUGAUUGCCCUGCGUAUCUGGGCGAUCCAUUUGACCCGCAAGAGUCUCCAGCUGCAUGAUUAUUUUGUAAUCGUUGCUCAUACAAGCGCCUGUGCCAUGGUAGGGUUGAACUACUGGGCAGUUGCCAAUGGAUUGGGCGGGCAUACUGCUACCCUCUCGAAGAAGGAACUCGACGUCCAAUUUAUGAUGAUCGUCGGAGUGAGCAUGACUUGGCUGGUUGGCACAGUCUGUUGCAAACUCUCGAUUCUGUCGUUGUAUACGAGCCUCUUUCGCACCUUUCGACCGAUCCGCAUUCUUGUCUGGGUGUGCCACCCAGUCUCAUACCAAUGGCAUCCGGUGCCGGGAGGCGGUUGUCGGUCGUUGAGUAUUCAAGAGAUUGCAUCGAUUACUCUCAACAUCUUCCUUGACUCGACAAUUGCCCUUCUGCCGAUUCCUGCUAUUUGGAAACUGCGAAUGUCUCUCCGCAACAAGCUGACCAUCGCAGUGAUGUUUGGAAUGGGCUUGAUUGUCGUCGCAGUCAUGAUAUGGCGCCUCGUUAUCACUUUGAAUCCCGAGACUGCUGCGGACUCUGUCUACGGACUAUACAAGAUUGGCCUCGUCAGCUUUCUCGAGCUAUGGCUUAGUAUCAUCAUCGUCAGUUUACCAGUUCUGGCACCACUCUUCCGUCACUAUGUCGAGCCCCUUCUGUCCCACAAGCGACCCAGUGCUGGUCAACUCCGUGAAGCGCAGCAUACGAUCGGCAGUGAUCCGCCGAAAAAGCGGCCCGGGCCGAACCACCCAUACUCAGAUAUUGAAAUGGGACGCGGCAAUUACUCAGCACAGGUGAAGACAGGGAUGAGCUCGUCACAGAGCGAUGGUGACGAUACGGUUGGGCUGGUCAAUGAUAUGCAGCCCAAUGCUAUUGCAAUGCGAAGGGAGGUUGUGGUUCAGGAGGGACGAGAACGCGACGUUUCUUCCGACACCCCGAGAAAUGAAGUAUAA